AUGGGCUCACCUUCGUCAGCCUCUUCUCCACCUGCUGCGCCCAAGGUCACCUUGGCCGAAGCAAGUGAGGUGAGAGCCCUUGAUGCCAAUAUAUAUUCUGCGAAUUUCCACAAGGCAUUCCGAAUUGCCAUGGUACCCCAUGGAGGCUACGUCGCGACAUGCUUCCUCCGCGUGGCGGCACUUCACCUUGACAGGUCCUCCCGUGGCCAGCCAGACACGAUGACAGCACACCUCGAGUACUUGGACCGCACCGAGGUGGGACCUGCCAUUUUCGUCGUUGAAGAGAUGAAGGCUGGCAGGCAGACCACAGUCCUUCAAAUAACACUCUAUCAAGCACGCGAUGGAGCCAAAACUCCGCUGCCAACCUCGGCCCCGUGGCUCCCGGCCGACGGCACGGCAAAGCGUGAGGUAGUGGCCUUUGUCAAAAACACCGAUUUUGACAAGUUGGAAGGCUUGACGCUCAAGACGGGCUUCAAGCUCGAGCCACCUCCCGAUGCUAUGCCGAUCAGUCUUGCACGUAUGCGCCAGGGCCACGACCCGCUCUGGUGUCGGUAUCGCGCACCGGCCCAUCAUCGAGCCCUGACCCAGCCUGCGUUCAAAGCCCUCGAAUAUUACAGCCCGAGAGCAGAGUCCAAGGCCGGCCCGACUGCCGCGGCAGGUCUCCUCGAUAGGUGGAUCCGGUUCGCAGACGGGGAAAGAUUCACCGGUCCGUCUCUGGGAUUCGUGGCAGACGCGUGGCCCAUAAUCGUCGAGUCCUACCGUCCGGAACCGCCACCUACUGACGAAGAGACGGAAGCAAGCCAAACGCCAUUCCCUUGGGACUCGCUGUUCUGGUAUCCCACUCUCAAUAUGAGCCUGGAAGUCAAAAAACGACUGCCUGAACAAGGUGUUGAGUGGUUGUUCUUUCGCGUGCAGACCAAGCAGAUUCGCAAUGGACGCAUGGACAUGGAGAUUAUCGUGCUCGACGAGACGGGGGAUCUAGUUGCCCUCGCGAGCCAUGUAUGUCUAGUUCUUGGGCUUUCCCGCAACCUCGCUGGGCGAGUCAAGCACAACGAGACCAUACGCAGUACAAAAGAUGAGGGCGGCUUAAUAAAGGGCAAGAGCCGCAUCUGA